GAGUUUAACAUGAAAUAUUAUAAUACAACGUAUAAUGAUAGAAUUUAUAUUUUGUUAUUUUUCAACAGACUUUAUUCGAUUGAAGAAAACCACCAGAUUGCAAUCAUAGGAAAUUUGAUGCAGCCAAGCGGAUCAAACGAGUGUUUGGCCACUGGAUUUCGCUUCAGCGUCACCCACGACGACCCACCGUUCGGGCAGAGCGAGCCACACGAUGGGUGCGGCAAGUCGCCGGGUGACGAAACGCUGCUGCUCCUACAGCAACAGCAGCCGGACGGAAAUUGUCCUGAAAAGCCGGUCACGUGCGACUACCUGUCGCCGUACGCGUUUACGGCCAGAAACUCGUUGGGAUCCACCUCAGAUUACACGCGGAGAAGACGGCCGAUCACUUUGAAAAUCGUCCCGAGACUGAGCCUCCCGUGCAGGAGCACUUCGGCGCCGACAACCACGGACGCGGACUGGCCUUUCACGAG